UCUUCAGGUUUACGCAGAUUCGCAACUCAAUGACGCAAGCAGGAAGUUGGGAGAAAGUCUGAGCAUCCUCGGAGAAAAGAACUUCAGCUCGUAGGAGAAGAGAAACAACAAGAAUCCAGAGCGACCGACCAGACUGGUGUCCGUCUGAACCGCCUGGUGUCUCCGUUGGUUCGGACAAUGACGUCAGCUGUCCAGCUCCCCAACGAACUCUGGCUUCAGGUGUUCAGCUUCCUGUCCUGGAAGGACAAGCUGAGUCUGCGCUGCACAUGCUCCCACUUUAAGCAGCUGCUGGAUGAGUGUCGGCCGCUGUGGCGGGGCUUCAGCGUGGUGCUGAAGGACCUGUCCCGGUACAACCGCUCGUUCUGGCGGAGCCUCGCUCGGAGGCAGCUGGACAGCGUCGCGCUGCGGGGCGGCAAGAAGAGGGACCUGAAGCUGCUCUCCGUCUGGCUGCCUCUGCUCCAGGCCCUGCGGCUGGACAGCUGGAGGGGAAACGACGUCCAGGAGCUGAAGCGGUUCCGCCACGUAAACAGCCUGACUCUCACAGCCUGUUCAGAGCCGCUGGCGAACCUGAACUUUCUCCUUCCUCUGGGUCAGCAGCUGACCCAGCUCAGCCUGUGUAAUGUGCAGCUGGCCUGUCCCCCCUCCCAGCUGCUGGCCAGCCUCUCCCAGCUGACUCGCCUCAGGUCGCUGGUUCUACACCAUGACGGCUGUCUGAAGAUCCCGUCGCUCAGAGGUGUCCUCUCUCAGCUGGUUCACCUCAACUCCCUGUCCUGGACCAUGAUCAACUACAAAAGGCUGUCUCAGGACUUCUUCUGCCCGGCCACUGUCCCAGCUGCUGGAGCCUCCCUGCAGCUAACUGAGCUGCAGCUGCUGAACUACGAUGCUGCAGUCACCCCGGAAGUUCUGCAACCUUUGGCCAAUCUCCGCAGCCUGUCGGUCUUCCACCUUUACUCUGUACCCGGACCCACCUGCCACCUGCAGACAUGGCUGUCAUCACUGCAACAGCUCUGCAGCCUGAGUGUGCACGGAGGGCACCCCCUGGUGGUGUAUGCUGACUUCCUCCCAUCCUCCCUACGCAGCCUGACUCUGUGUGUGGACCUUCAGCCUGAGGACCUGCAGGUCGUCUCCUUCAGAGCUCCCAACCUGAGGCACCUGCACCUGGAGCCCUGGAGCUCCUCCUCCAAACUAGUCAGGCUCCUCCCACAGCUGUUCCCUGGCCUGAGGACGCUGGCCAUCAGACAUCAUCACGUGUCUGAUGAAGACCUCCUGGGUCUCCAUCAGCUCCAGCAUCUCAACACUCUGGAAGUUCUGGAUUCCUUUUACAGGCCAGAUCCUAAAGAUCCCAGCUGGGUCGUCUACAAGCCAAGUCCUCGUCUGCUGCGGCUGAUCUCUGACCUGCAGAAACUGACCAAUCACAAAGUCAGAGUCCUCACCAGUUCGCACGCAGACCUGCUGUCCUGUGGCUGCGUCUGACUGGAGACCAGGACCAAGAGCUGCACCAAAACCCUCUGACUGUCCAGUGGAACCAAUCAGGGCCAGGUGCAGCCCAACUGCACUACUGAUUGGCUGUGAGGUUCUCACGGUGCUAACGUUGAGGCUCUGCCCCCUGUGGUCUUCUCCGGUACUGUCCACUUUCAGCUCUGAGUGGGUCUGAAGUUGUUGCUCAACCACUGAGAUUAUUCUUUACUUUGUGAAGGACAUGAGGUUUAUUCUUUAGUGAAAAAGGAUUUCCUUCGGUUCUUGCUUUUUUGUCACAUUUUAAAUGCUCGCGUCAUCAAAUGGAUUUCAUCAUGAAACAAAGAUGACCUCUGGUGACCUGUCCAGGGUGUAGCCUGCCUCUCCCGGUGGCCGUUAGAGAUGGAGCUGUUUUGAAAUCAUAGUUUCAUUUAUCAACAACCUGAUCUUAUGUGAAAAAAUAACGAAAGCUGCUACUCGGCAUUCGAGAACAUGAACAGCUUGUUUAAGGUCAUGUCACAGAAUUUUAAUUGGAUUAAACUCCAGACUUUGAGUAGGCCACUCCUAAACCUUAAUUUUUUUUUUUAUUCAUUUAGCGAUUGACUUGUUGGUACAACUCAGAUCACAGCCCUGCUGUUUAGCCCCAAUCUGUGUAAACUUAAAGGGGCAGAAUUAGACAUUUUUCUGCCACAUGGUGCCGUUGUGUAGGAACUGUGUUGCCUUCAGUUGUUGUAAAGAUGCUGCAUAUAUCAAAUAUGUUUUGAAAGAAAUCUGACUUCCCAGUUGAACACCUUGAAAUUGGGCCUCUGUCUCUUUAAGAAAUGCCCACUCUUCGCUCAGCAGACCCCAACUCCACCUGGUGUUUGCUAAUUGAAGCUGCUGCUGCUAGUCUGAAGGAGCUGAGUUGAAAUGGGCGAUGCUCUUUUAAACAUCUACACCCCGCCCACUUCCUGCCAGUGGUUGCUAUGGGAGAUUUGAGGAUUCCUCAGAAAUACAUGAAAGCAUCAAGGUAUGAUGAGGGAGUAAGAUUAUAAUAUCUUUAAGAACUGAAGGGAAGAUGUUGCUCUGCAGUGGCAGCUUUGGCCUUGAAACUCUCCAGGAUGUCAUUUAUAUCCAGUCUCUCCCUUGUUGUUGAAAACCCUCUAAAGUGGCUUAAUUAAACCAAUUCCUGCAAAGCAGAGUGGGUCUAAACUCAUCCACAGCCAUAACUGGAUGUGAUUACCAGUUAUCACAAACACUUGAUGCAGCUGUUGGUAGUAAGUGAAGGACAACUAGUUAUCAAGGUCUGCUGGGUCUGGGUGGUUUUGGUUCCGUUAAUAAAUGUAAUCAUCACAUGGAAGCUACUUCCUGUAUUCACCCGCUUAUCUUUGAUAUUAAAAUAUGACAAAAAAGCAAAAGCAGAAGAAAUCUGAAAGGUGGCAGAGACUUAGUGAGGCAGCUGAGGUUGGUUGUCCCUUUAGCUCAGUGAAUGUCUGCACUACUGAUUGGAAUUCAGUUUUAUGCCUCAAUAAUUUUUUUUUCAUGUUGGAUUCAUGUUUGCAGCUUUAAUUUUAAAUGGAAUGAAUUUAUACACCAGCUGUGUGUUAAGUGCCUUGGCCAGCUGGAAUCAGACCCACAACCCACAGUCUCCUGAGCGUCAUGCGGCUUGGUGCUCGCUGUCGGGUGACGGGGCGCUGACAGUGGAGUCCUGCACACCUCAGGUGAUCCUGGCAGAUCCAGAUCACUCAUCUUCUGCAUGUAGCCAGAAAACAUGGAGCAUUCAGAGGAAGAUACCUGAUACUCGUCGAGCUCAUUUUUUCUACUUUUACCUCUUAAUACAUCAACACUACAUACAGCUCCCUAGAAGAUGUCUGUUAUAUACAAUGUGCUAAAGAAACCUGCAAGUGCCUGAAGUUUUGUUUUAAUGAAGAACCUUUAUGUACUUAGUGAUUGUUUUUGUUGACGUUUUAUUGUGGUUGCAGUUUUUGGCUCAUCACUGAUGUUUAAAGGGCCUGUUUAAUUCACAACUUAUUGUCGUCAAAUCUUCCAUCAGAUCAUGAAGGAAAAUCUUCAUAUUUCCAGGGAAA